AUGCUUCGUCUCAUCCUGCGGCUCCGGCCGACCGCCGGGCUCCCCGGUCCCCGUGUCCUCCCCGGUCCCCGUGUCCUCCCCACCGGGCCUGCUGCGCUCGCCUCCCGCUCCGUGCCCGGAACCGGCUGUCUGAGGCGGCUGCACUGCGGAGCGGGGUCCCGGGCAGUGCGUUUGAGCUCCGGCCUCAGCCACAGAGGGACCGUGCUGCGGUGUCCCCCGCUCACAGGCAGCUGUCAGAGCCCCCGUUUCUACAGCCUGCCGCCGCACCAGAAGGUGGAGCUUCCCGCACUGUCGCCCACCAUGCAGACAGGAACGAUCGCUCGCUGGGAGAAGAAGGAGGGAGAAAAAAUCAGCGAGGGUGACCUUAUAGCUGAGGUGGAGACGGACAAAGCGACUGUCGGUUUUGAGAUGCUGGAGGAGUGCUAUAUGGCAAAGAUCCUGGUUCCUGAAGGCACCAGAGAUGUCACCAUCGGAGCAGUAAUCUGCAUCACAGUUGACAGCCCCGAUCUCAUCCCAGCCUUUAAGGACGUAACGUUGGAAUCACUUAAAGCAGCCGGUCCCUCACCUGUUGCCUCCGCUCCUCCUCCUCCUCCUCCUGCUGCCGCUGCUCCUCCUGCUGCCCCGGGCAGCUCUUACCCCACACAUUUGAAGAUCACACUUCCUGCCCUCUCUCCCACCAUGACGAUGGGAACAGUGCAGCGCUGGGAGAAGAAGGUCGGAGAGAAGCUGAGUGAAGGAGAUCUGCUGGCCGAGAUCGAGACUGACAAGGCGACCAUUGGCUUUGAGGUGCAGGAAGAAGGAUAUUUGGCCAAAAUCAUGGUGGCAGAAGGGACUCGGGAUGUGCCCCUGGGGACACCGCUCUGCAUCAUUGUGGAGAAAGAAAGUGACAUUGCUGCCUUCAAGGAUUAUGUAGAGACUGGAGUGGCAGAUGUUUCCACACCACCUCCAGCUCCAGCACCAACUGCAGCUCCGGUUGCUGCAGCACCCAGUUCUGCUCCUGCAGCCGCUGCGCCUGCUGCAUCCAGGAAGGGCCGUGUGUUUGCCAGCCCACUCGCCAAGAAACUCGCAGCUGAUAAAGGAAUUGACCUGGCACAGGUCAGCGGCUCCGGUCCUGAUGGACGCAUCACCAGGAAAGAUAUAGACAGCUUUGUUCCACCAAAGGCUGCACCUGCCGUAGCUGCUGCUCCCACACCAGCCGCAGCUCCAGCUGCUCCUGCACCUGCUGCAGUUCCUGCUGCACCAGCUGGGACCUUCACAGACAUCCCUAUCAGCAACAUCCGCAAGGUGAUCGCUCAGAGGUUGAUGCAGUCCAAGCAAACCAUCCCCCACUAUUAUCUGUCUGUAGAUGUCAACAUGGACCAAGUGCUUGAGCUUCGGACAGAACUUAAUGCUGAAGUGAAAGCCCAGAAUAUCAAGCUCAGUGUGAAUGACUUCAUCAUCAAAGCCAGCGCUCUGGCUUGCCUCAAGGUUCCUGAGUGCAACUCCUCUUGGAUGGACACAGUCAUUCGCCAGAAUCACGUGGUGGACCUGAGUGUAGCAGUGAGCACAGCCAGUGGCCUCAUCACGCCCAUAGUGUUUAACGCCCACACCAAAGGACUGGCAGCCAUCAGCUCUGAUGUGUCGGCUCUUGCUGCCAAAGCGAGAGAGGGCAAACUGCAGCCACAUGAGUUCCAGGGAGGUACAUUCACAAUCUCUAAUUUGGGAAUGUUUGGCGUCAAGAACUUCUCAGCAAUUAUCAACCCUCCUCAGGCCUGUAUCCUCGCCGUCGGUGGCUCAGAGAAACGGCUGAUGCCAGCUGAUAAUGAGAAAGGGUUUGACGUAGCCAGCAUGAUGUCGGUGACACUGAGCUGCGACCACCGGGUGGUGGACGGUGCGGUCGGCGCGCAGUGGCUCGCAGAGUUCCGCAAGUUCCUGGAGAAACCCGUCACCAUGCUGUUGUGAUUGGACUGUACUGCCGUUAAACUGCAGCAACAGGCCGAGGCCUCUCACUGAAGUGAUCUGAUUGGUCUAAAACCAGUCUGAAACCUCCUGUGAUUGGCCGGCCUGCCACCAGGUCACUCCCAGUUACCCAGAAGGGGAAGAGGCAGAACUCACUCCGCUUACCUGUCUGUCUCGCUGUCUCUCCUGUCUAUCUUUCUCUCCUCUUGCUCUCUCUCUCUCUCUCACUCAUGCGAGCAUAUUUAUCCCGAAACUUAUGUGUGUGUGUGUGUUUCUACCCACUUUCAUCUGUGAUGUUUUUGCCAAUGUGAUGAAGACAACAGGAAGUACAGCUAUCUGUGGGUCUUUUGAGUAAAGGGUUGUGAUU